UUUUCUGUCAUGGAAUAUGAACAAUUCCAUGGCCCACUUGAGCCGAGCUACAUUGAGGAAAUGCAUCAAUGUAGUCCAGAAACAUUUCUUUCUUUCCAAGCAGAAGAUCCCAUCACCAUUAUACAAGAUAGAGUAGUUUUUUAUCCUAAUUGCAUAGGAAGAUUGCUUGAAAUAGAGAAAGAUCUCAUGGACAUUAGUUCCAUGAAUCAAGAUUCCAUAAUGGAUCUUGAAAGCUUUCUUUACAUGUCUGAAUUGAGCCGUCACAUGAACCAAGAAACACAAGAAAAUAUGAGUAAACUGAGAGAAGAAAAUUCAAUGCUAAAAGGAAUUCAAGAAGAGCUAAUGGAGGAAGGCAACUUAGCAGAUCUUCUACUGAUGGGAGCAGAAGAUGUUGAAGCACAAAACUGGACUUUCUCUUCCACUAUAAUUUUGAAGCUCAGAGAUCUCUUAUUUGAAGGAGAAAAUGAAGGCAACUCAUUCAAUAGGCUAGCUUUGUUCUUUACUCAAGGCCUGCACUACAGGAGUAUCAUCACCAAUACUUCUGAAAAAAUGCAUGAGCUUGGUUUCAAGCAAACGGUCGACAGUAUAUCUGCCUUCCAUGUAAUGCAAGAGCUCUCGCCUUAUGCCAAGUUCGCGCAUUUCACAGCAAACCAAGCAAUCCUGGAAGCCACACAAGGUGAUCAGGAGAUUCAUAUCAUUGAUUUCGACAUCUUGGAGGGAAUUCAGUGGCCUCCUCUAAUGGCUGAUCUUGCAAUGAGAAAAAAUCAUGCUUCACUUAAACUAACAGCCAUGAUCAGUGACCAGCAGGAUGCUGCUGCAAUUCAACAGACUGUAAGAAGACUUAAGGGGUACGCAGAUUCAAUCAAUUUUUCAUUCGUGUUCGAGCAAAUGGUGAUGGUGAAUGAAGAUUAUUUUCUAAGCAUUGAAGUGGGUUAUGCACUUGUAGCCAAUUGUAUGAUCCACCAGCUUUACAUGCCCGACAGAUGCUUUUCAUUGGUCAAGACUUUCUUGGAAGGUAUGAGUAGAUUAUCACCAAAGCUAGUUGUUUUGGUGCAAGAAGAAUUGUUUAAUUUUGCUAAAAUUCCUUCCAUGUCCUUUGUGGAGUUUUUCCGUGAAGCACUUCACCAUUACACUGCACUUUCUGACUCACUUGUGAAUAGUUUCUCUGGUGGGUACUACAACACGGAGUUAAAACUAAUAGAGAAGGAGUUUUUGGGUAUCAGAUUUUUAGAAAGUGUAUGCAAGUUCCCCUGUGAGAAGAAAGAGAAACUCUUAUGGAGAGAUGGAUUUGCUUCCUUGAAAGGGUUCAAGCCAAUCCCUUUGAGUUCAUACAAUGUCUCUCAGGCCAACUUACUGGUCAGCCUGUUCAAUGGAGGGUACAGGGUGCAACAUGAGAAAUGUAGGUUGGCCUUGUACUGGAAAUCAAGGCCCCUGACAUCAGCUUCUAUUUGGGUGCCAAUACCAAAAUCCAGGUGAUGAGAUAGGUCAAUCCAAUUGGAUUUGCAGUUUAUGCCUGAGUAUGAUC